AUGGUCGAGACUGACUAUCCCAAAGUUGAAAUGUGCAGUGAUGGUGUAGCAUUCUUGCAAGUUGUUGAUGCUAUUCACCCUAAUUUCGUUCCUAUGGUGAGAGUUAACUUUAAUGGUAAAAAUAAGGAUGACUUCGCUAGAAACUUGAAAAUCUUAGAUGACUGCAUUACUAAACUUAAACUUUAAAAGCAGAUAAGUGUACCUAACAUGGCAAAUGGUAAAUUCUAGUUUAACAUGGACUUUCUUCAAUGGCUAUAUGACUACUCCCAGCGCACUUCACCUAACUUUGGAACAUUCUACAAUGGAUACCAAAGAAGAUUAGAAGCUUAUAAAAAAUAGAAUAAUUUGACAUCGCUAUCAGGUUUUUAAAUCUAAAUGAGUCCUCAUUUAGUUCCUAACAAGUCUUCAUAUCGCAAAAACGAGCAGCAGCAGGAUGAAUAACCGCUUAGUGAAGAGGAGUAAGAAGAGAUCAAGAAUCAAAAGCAUCCAUUACUUAAGAACAUAAACUAGAAAAUGCAGUAGUAGCAGCAAUAGAUUAAUAUGUAGUUACAAAUGCAGCAGAACCAGCAAUAGUAGUAUCAAAAUACUAGCAAUAUAUUCACUUCUGAUCCGUAGUACUAGUCUGAUAUAUACUCUGCACAGAAUGAAUCACAGAUACCAAUUAAAGAAAUAAAUGAGUAGAGAAAGACAUAGCUGUAGGAUCUCGUACAAUCAUUAGAGAGUGAAUUGACUUCACAGCUCUUCAAUCACAAGAUGUUUUUAGAGGACAUACAAUAAAUUGAGGAGGAGAGAAAUUUCUAUUAUCAAAAGCUGAGAUAAAUAGAAGAACUAUGUAAAAAGAGAAAGAAACCUGGUCCAGUUAAAAAUGAAGUUGUAUAAAUAUUGUCUAGUACUCCAGAAGACUUUAUAGAGAACAGUUGA